CGAACUGGUUGGUAGAGAGCGCUUUAUUCGCACGCGUUUGUCGCAAGUUCUUGUUCAGCGGUUAUUUUCCUGGACCAUUGCUAUUUUGUCUGUGGUUUCUGAAUUUUUUCUGGUGACUGUUUUGUGGAUUAGCGACUGUUUUAUUGUAAACUUGGGGCAACAAUGAAGGGACUUUCGGCAGUGAUUUUGUUCUUCGGGCUUUGUUUUGUCAAAGGCGAUCCAAAUUUUCAAACCAAUGAAGAUUUAGUGCCGGAGGGUAAACCGCCCUCGUUCGUGACUCCGGGCCAGACCUACAGGAUUGCGACUGGCAGUACUGUUGUGCUGCCCUGCAGAAUAACUCAACCAGGCAGUUACAUUUUGGCAUGGAAACGCGGCAUAGCAGUUUUAACAGCAGGUCCAGUGAAAGUGACCCCUGAUCCGCGAGUUCGUUUGCUUUCGACUCCGGUGAGCCCCUCCAACAUGGCCGGUAUACCGGAACUAUCUGGUGGCGGCGGGUACAGUCUUGAACUCAAGGAUGUAAGGCCCCAAGACGCCGGCGAUUAUGUCUGUCAAAUCGGCACCAUGGACCCUAAGGAAAUCACUCACACUUUGGAAAUUUUAGUCCCUCCAAGAAUUCACUACGUAUCCCACAACGCGAAUACACCCCUAGAAGUGAAACAAGGUGAUACGGUGCGAAUGGAGUGCAGAGCGUCCGGAAAUCCAGUUCCGACAGUUUCGUGGACUCGCAAGAACAACGUUUUGCCAAGUGGUGAAAGAUCAGUUUCCGGACUUACUAUGGUAAUACAUCAUGCUGAUCGUCAUUCAGCUGGACAGUACCAAUGUUCUGCUGACAAUGGAGUUGGACAACCAGAUACCAAACAUAUCACCUUGAACGUCUUAUAUGGACCUGAAGUGGAGACUGAAAGGGCAACAGUUCAUACCGGCAUCGGCUUGGAGGCUCAACUCGUCUGCAUCGUACAUGCCGAACCUUCUCCGCAGGUGCUCUGGUUCAAGGAUACAGCACAGCUGGGAACCACCGAGCAACACGCCGCUCAUUCUAGAGGCAAUCGAUACACUUUGGUCAUCAGGAAUGUUACCACUGCUGAUUUUGGAAAUUACAGUUGCGUUGCUAGCAAUGCCCAUGGAAAAGGCCGCGGCCAGUUGAUAUUGACAGGUACAGCCGGACUGGCAGUGUUCGAUUCCCCACCCAUGGGCGCUGAUAAGGACUUCUACAACAUCUCCUGGUCGGUCAACAGUCACGCUCCGAUCUCCGAAUAUCGGCUUUUCUACCGUCAACAACCACGUCACCAUCACGGCCAUCAUGACGACAGGAAUAUGACCAAGAUGGGGUACAGGAACGACUGGAACAGCGUCGUCAUACCGGGAAUCGGCUUGGGCAACGUACAGUAUUACACGACCCCUUCGGCGACAGAAGUGACGCGACAGAAGAUGUGGUAUCCGAUCAAAGGUUUACAGUCCGCUACCACAUAUGAAGCCAGAGUGCAAGCUAGAAACGUGCACGGAUGGAAUAAGUUGUCGCCCAUUUUCCAUUUCACCACCAGAUCUAACGAUAUGGACAACAUGAUCGAACCAUCGGCCCAACCGGCGGUUUACGGGGUGAGUCAACAAGGAAUGGCACCGUUCAGCAGUGGCGUGCGCGCCUUCAUCUCCUCGUUCGCGACCCUCUCGAUUGUGUUGGUGGUUGUGUUCUUUUAGAUUUUCGUUCGUUAUUGCGGUUACCAUAAAAUCAUGUUUACGAACCCGUUCUCAACGUGGAUCGUCAAGCGUUUAUUAAUUUAAACUUCGUGAUACCAAAUUAUUUUCGGUGUGGCGGACGCUCGUUGCGGUGAUUGGUUUGUGUAAAAUUAAAUUUAAAUAAAAGUGUUAAACAUAUUGUCUGUGUAUGUAGAUCAUAAAAUUCACGUUAGGAUCACACUCAUUAGAUGCAAGGAUUUUAAUAUUUUUAAGCGGGUAUGUCCAAAAACACACUGUUUCCAAAGAAUUUACUAGUACUAGUCUCCCCUUGAUGAAAACUCCGUUGUGUUGAACAAUUAAUCAAAAUACCGGCAAACAUAAAAUAAAAAUAAAUCCGUUGUGAAUUUAUAAACACUAUAGGCGUUUACAAGAUCUAUUUUGAUGUUCAUCCUAAUCGUUGUUAAUCGAAUAAUCAUGUGUGUAGUAUUUUGGCCUAUUUUGUAUAUAAAUCACGUUCACCUUUUUCUAAAUAUUCAAUAUACACUUUAAAGAUACUACUACCUACACUAAAUGUACAUGAACCAUUUCUUAGUCUAUACACUUGAAUUUUAUAUUAAAAUUCAUUAUUUAUGGAUUCUGGAUUUAUUGUUGAAUUGCAAUAUUCUAUACUAAACACGUAAACAAAAUUCUACAUAUAUAUGUAAUAAUAUAUAAUAUAUAUAUAUAUAUAUAUAUAUAUAUAUAUACAAAUAUUACCAGAAUUUUGUUGAUGUGUUACUAUUAAGCAGCAGAUGUUAUAACUACUACUAUUACUACAACAACAUUUUAAGUGACUCUUCAGUAAAGAGAAGAAAACAAUAUCUACGUGUUUUUGGUUUACGGAUUAUCGAUUGAUUGAAACGUUUAUAAAUUUGUUAAGGGUUAUUUUUAACACGCUUCUUUGCUUUGCACAUAUGGUACUAUACGUAAAUGUCAUUGUAUAUAAAGACUGAACUAUUUUUAUAAGAGUGCAAUAAAGGUAUUAGCUCUAACUGUUUAAAAUUUUAUGUGAUGUCAAAUAUUAUGUAAAUAAAGCUUAUAUAGAACA